CACCAUGGGCGAACCAUGUGGGUACCGAAAGAUUUCGUGUGGCUCGUCGUUUGUCUGCCAAGUAUAAAAGUACCGAUUGUCACGGAUUGUAGCAUUCGUAUUUCGGUUCAGACGCAAAUAAAGUCGUUGCAGAAUCUUCCCCGCAUAGCAAUAAUGGCAGCUAAGCUAUUCGUAAUCGCUUGCAUCUUGGCCGCGGCCAACGCCGGCUACAUCGGAGUGCCUUCCGCUCUGCAGUAUCACGAGUUCACGCCGAUAGCGCACGUUGAACCCCAUGCCAUCACGUCGACGUCCGACAAUAUACUUCGCAGCCCCGGCAAUCUCGCGCAGGUGGCCACGCAAACGAAGACCAUCGACACGCCGUUCUCCAGCUCGAGCAAGACCGACAUCCGCGUGACUAAUCCGGCCGUCACCACCUACGCUCAUCUCGCUCAUCCAGCCCCGUUGACGUACGCCGCAGCCGCUUUACCCGCGGCCGUGCGCCCGGCUGCUCUCGGAGUCGCUUACUCGCCGGCCGUCGAAGUGUCUCACAUGAGCUACAGCAGCCCGAUCGGAAUCGCCUAUGCCUAUUAAGCGUCGAUUGUAUCAGACGCGACUUUAUUAUGAUAUACAUAUAUUUAUUCGAAAAUUCUCGACACCUGUAACUACUUCUGCGUACGUGGCAAAUUAAUGACACUACAAUGUAAGUAGUUGCGCAAUAAAAAUCCUACUUUAUUCUA